CAGGAACUUCAAAAAAAAUCUCGUUUAUUCUUCAAUAAGACCCGGAAGGAAACCAGGAGACCCAACCGUUACAAAUCUACGAGCUUUGAAAUACUAGCAAAAAAUUUUUUUUAAACUAAAUUUUGAUAGUGAGUAUGAAGAGCUACCACAAAGAACAAGAAAAACUAUUUCUUCCACUAACAAUGAAUAUGAACAACUUCAUAAUCAAAGAAUAAAAAUAAAAAAAAACAAAUAUGAGCACCUUCAACAGUUGAAGUCGGUUAUACAUAUGUAUAUAAAAAAAUGUUUUUUGUGAUUUCCCAAAAGUUAUCAUUUUGGACUUACGUGUUAUUGAUUUGAGACCAUCGAUAUAUUUAUUAAUUUCCUAAUUCUUAGGUAUGGAUACGUGGUUGGCAAGCGGAACAAGAAAAGAGUUACAACCUAAUGUAGAAAGCUUUCAAUUGGCAAGUUCUUCCCAAAAUCGGGAGCAAAAAAUUAAAGGUGACCAGUCUUCACUAGAAUUAAAAGAGAAAAGGAGAAAGUACUGCGAAGAAUACAUUAAAUAUGGAUUUUCAUAUGUAGGAGAUAAUAACUGCCCUAAACCACAAUGUAUAAUAUGUGGAGACAUAUUAUCAAAUGGCUGCAUGAAACCUUCCUUACUCUUAAGACAUUUACAAACUAAACAUGCUAAUUAUAAAAAUAAGGACCAUAGCUUUUUUAAACGCUUGGAGAAAAGUAAGAAUAAAUACAAUUUAACGUCAUACAAACUAUCAUCAAAUAAAGAUCUCGAAAACGCCAUUGAAACUAGUUAUCUCGUCAGUUACCGUAUUGCCAAAUGUGGCAAAAAUCACACAAUUGCCGAGAAUCUGAUUCUUCCUGUAUAAAAGAUGUUGUUCGUUGUAUGCUCGGUUGUGUUUGUAUUGAAAUGGAUUUUGAACGUGAAAGUAGCAGUGACGAAGAGUUGAUUGAAGAUCUGGAAGAAAUCAACGAAUUAUUUCCUAUUCGUGGUGGCCGAGUCAUGAAAGAAAGAAUCGAUCAUGUUCAACAUUUAUCUGACGUCGAAUUCGUAAAGAGGUUCCGCCUCUCCAAAGAAUGUUUUCAUCGGUUGUUGUCAGAGGUUGAAGAAAACAUUAAACCACGAACGGAAAGAAAUUCAGCAAUAUUUGCCUCAAACCGGUUAUUAUUAACAUUAAGAUUUUUUGCUACGGGUAAUAUGUUGCUGGCUGUGGCUGAUUUUUGUGGGGUCAGUGAAGCUGCAGCAUCCCAAAUAGUGAAGUUGGUGGCAAUAGCCAUUGCCAAUUUAAGACCCCAAUACUGCAAAAUGCCGGAGGGUGACGACAUUGGAAAAGCGCAAAGAAACUUUUAUAACAUUGCUCGAUUUCCUUUGGUUAUUGGCACCAUCGAUUGUACGCAUGUACGAAUUCAAUCGCCAGGUGGAGACCAAGCAGAAAAUUUUAGGAAUAGAAAAGGCUAUUUUUCCUUUAAUGUACAGACGGUAUCGGACGCAAAUCUGAAAAUUUUAGAUAUAGUGGCUAGAUGGCCUGGAUCCACGCACGAUCAAACUAUUUUUAAUAAUAGCAGUAUACGCAACAGGUUUGAACAGGGCCAUUUUGGAAACGGUAUAUUGCUUGGGGACAGUGGGUAUCGCAAUACAAAUUAUUUGUUAACUCCCCUUGUCGCACCAAGGACAGAGGCAGAGCGUCUCUAUAAUGAAGCUCAAAUAAGGACCCGAAAUGUCGUAGAACGGCAGUAUGGGGUUUGGAAGAGACGAUUCCAAGUUUUAAGAUUGGAAAUGAGGGUGGCGACGGAAAGGUAACAAUUAGAACCAAUUAGUUAAAAAAAUUAAAAGAAGAACCGUUACCAUCCGAGGAUGAGGAUGACGAUAAUAACCAAGACAUAGAAG